AUGACGAGGCCGGUCGUUCUGCAGCCACCGGCGUCGGUGGAUCGGCGGCAGCCGCUCCUCGGCGCCUCGGGGCGGGGGAGGAAACCGCGGCUGGGGGAGGUCGCCGGGGGGACGGCGGCGGAGUGCGCGGCGGUGUGCUGCUGCUGCCCCUGCGCCCUGCUCAAACUCCUCGUGCUGGGGCUGUACAAGCUGCCGGCGGGGAUCUGCCGGAGGGCGAGGAGGAGGAAGCGCCGCCGCAGGAUGCUGGAGGCGGGACUGCUGCCGCCGCGUGGGUGCGGCGGCGGCGGUGGCGGCGGUGGAGUUGAUUUCCCGGCGAUGGAUGCCGGAGAGGAUGUCGGGACGGAGGGGAGGGAGGCGGCCGACGAGCUGGACAGGGAGAUGAUGGAGAGGUUCUACAGCGGAGGCUUCUGGCGGAGCUCUUCCCGGAGAAACGAAGUCGAGGCACAGUGA